AUGUGGCAGGACUUUUUGCAUUAUGUGCCCUUUUUUUCGCACGUCAAACAGACGAAAUCUGAUGAACUUUUGAAAUUCAAAAAAUGCGGGGAAUCGACCGAUAUGUCCACGAUUAUCGACAGGUUUUGCCCUGAGUUCUCUGACAAUUCGAUGCAACUGUUCAACCCAGUGCUCUGCAGUGGCCAUUUGCAAACCAUUUACGCGGCAUUGCGGUCUUUUGAAGAAAUCGACCAAGUCUACUACAAGAGACUGGUGGUGAAAUACUGCGACGGUGGUGAGGGAACUGCUGAUUUUGCCGUUGACGCCUUUGAAGAUGAUGCUGGGUAUGUUCCUUCAACACAACGCAACGCGCUUCUGCCGCAGUACGCGUUUUUCACACCGGAAGAGUCUAAAGCAUUCACGUCGCAGGACGACAAACCGCUCCUAAUCGUCCUUCACGGGCUAACUGGCGGAUCGCACGAGUCAUAUGUGCGUGGAUUGGUGAACAGGAUCAGGAAUUGCUACGGAUUUGAAGCGUGUGUGCUGAAUUCACGUGGAUGUUGCGAAAGUUCGAUCACAACGCCGCAACUUUAUAAUGGCAUGUGGACGGACGACGUACGCGAGUUCGUCAAACAGAUGCGGCAGCGAUUUCCUAAUCGCAAGUUCUACCUGGUGGGAUUCUCGCUUGGUGGGUCAAUUGCAGCAAAUUAUUUGGGCCAAGAAGGCGAGAAUUCCGAUAUCGAGUGCGCCUCGGUACUGGGCAGUCCAUGGGACUUGUGCGAUUCGUCCUACUUCCUCACGAGCUCGUGGCUUGGUCGACUUGUUUAUUCGCGUGCUUUCUCGAAGCGUCUUGUGAAACUCAUCGAAGACCAUCUUGAAGUGCUGAGAGAGGAUCCUUACAUGGCUCAGCUGUACGCGGAAAAAUUGGACAAAAUCGAAACCAUCGAGGACUUCGACAACUGGUUCACAGCCCCGAUGUUUGGUUUCAACACAUCAUAUGAAUAUUAUAGACAUGGCUCAAGCGCCAACAGGCUACCUCAAGUGCGAACCCCUCUUUUGGCCAUUAAUGCUACUGACGAUCCCAUAGUUGGUUCUCAAUCUCUGCCCCUGCGAGAGUUUCAGGACAACCCUUAUCUUCUCAUGGUGCAGUCCAGUAAGGGUGGACACAUCGGCUGGUUUGAUGCCACAGGUGAAAGGUGGUAUCUAGAUCCGCUUUGCAAGUUCUUCAGCUCUUUCCAUGCUGAAGUGGUCGCAAAAGACCUCCAACCAGACUUGAGCUCUGUGAAAUUACCACAUAAGAAUAAGUUUGUUGGCGACAGACUUGUGAACGCGACCGUCAGGGACUAUUAA